UUGAAUAAUGCAAUUAAAUUUAAAAGGGCGAAUAGCGAGUCUCUUGCAUCAAAGAGCCGGCGUAACAGCAACAAAGAAAAUGAAAAUUUAAAAGGUAAAAAACCAGAUUUUAAACUUGUAAUGAAUGUAGUUGAUGAAAUUCUUUUCGGGGAAGUAAAACCACCAAAAAGUAAAAAUUCAACAUUGUUGCUUAACAAAGAUCUUGUGAAACUCGCAAAUUUCCAAGCUGGCUCAUUGGACGAACUGAUCAAAAAGUAUGGCAACAGAACUGGGCUGGCUUCUUUUGGAAUAUGGAUUUGUGGCGAACGCAUUUACAUUUAUGAUAUGGAUCUAAAUUACGAUGGGAUCUAUAAAAUGACCCUAACCUCAAAUCUAAUUGUUCCAACCAGCCAAACCCAGUUCGUAAGCCUGAUACCAGUCUUAGAGGCUUUUUACAAUAUCAAAGAUCGUAUUUCUAAUGUCUUAGAAAUUACCCAUGACAACCUACUUGAUUCCACAUCACGUUCAAUGUAUGGUAGGAAGCCUACUUCCUCUCCAAAACCCGUUAAAAUUCCAAUCAUUGGUUUACAGCCUAAAAAG